AGAAAACUGCACUUGACUCGCAUCCUCAGUUGAACAUUUACUCAAAUCCCCAUUAGACCCACACACAAACGCGCAAAUCCUUUCUAUACCAAUCCCCAACAUGACUGAUUUGCCUAUUGAAAUUCCUCUUCACAUAUUCCUGCUCGCCCUCCUCGACGAAGAAGAUCAAGCUGAUUACCCAAGCUCGCCUGCCUAUUGGUCAUGCACCCUCAAGACCCAGUCGGUACUGUGGGGUAGAGGUAUCGAACUAUGCAGGAGGGCCUGGAACAAGUCGAUUACGUUGCGGAUGACUUGUCGAAUCGCGAAUGACCAGAUAUGCAGGCAGAUGAAUCAAUCGGCCAUCCUUGCCGGCCUCAUUCAAACGCCAUCCAACCCGCGAAGUCAUGCUCGCACUUUGCCCUGCCACAGGCUGAAGCUUUAUACCAGGAAUGGCUGUUUGGGGGGGUUGGAAUUGCUUAAGCGUCACAGCCAAACCCUCGAAUUUUUCUUUAUCGAGAUGGCACAUGCACUGCCUGGGAGUAUCUGGUGGAAUGCCUCGCCGCCUUUGAACCUCGCGGCUACAACCUUUCCCCGACUGACCACUUUCAUCUUCCGCACCAACUCAGCGGGCGUGUGGCUUUCCUUCCGAAACCUAGCCGAACUCAUGCGCAACUCGCCCGGGUUGAGACAUUUGACGGUCUUUCAAUUGACUGGACCAGCAGACGACGAGGAAGCCAAUGAGCUCCUGGCAAACCAAGGGCAACCAGCUUGCCAACUGGAGUCCCUUCACAUCCGAAGGGCACGGUGGCUGUUUGACGACAAUCUGAUGUUUAUCGUUGCCGAUUCACAUCUUAGUCUCAGGGAGCUUACUUGGGUCUUUGAAAAGCCUGAUACAGACGAAGAAGGAAAUCUGUCUGAUGAUGAGCGAGAGGACGAUGCGGAUGCUUUCUAUAGUAUCUUUGCACCUUGUACGGAGAUCGAAACCCUGCGGAUAGCAGAUCUCAGGAUCGACGGCUUGGUCCGCAGACGAAAACAUCAAAGGCGAGAACGGUUCAACCGGUCUUCACCCAUGGGCAGGGUAUUGGGUAACCUGCUAGCCAAGUUGUGGAAUUUGGAAAACCUCGAGCUUUGCGGCACGAUCAACAUCCAACAUCUGUAUAAGCGAAAUGUGGACGUGUUGCCGUUCGACCUGCGGUCUCUCUUUAUCGACCGGUAUCAUGAAUACCGCUUGGACAAGCUGAUUCAUCAGUUACAGCGCGAAGAGGGGCCACUCGGCCAACUAGAAAGCCUGGCGAUCGACGAGCAAGUCGAGCUCGACGUCCAGCCAUUUCUGUGGGAGACGCUCCUCACGGUUUGCCAAAGCCGAGGGAUUCAAUUGAGAAUCCAUAGAGAUGAUCUAUCCAGGAACGAUGAUCCGGAAGACUUGUCAGUACGGCUCCAGCGGUUGGCAAUAGAUACGAUCCCCGUGAAUCAGACCCGGUAUCGAUUCGCUUGCUUGGAGGGCUUUCUGUUCCAGAACAGGCAUAACGGAGAGCGAUACGAAUUUCUCUAUGAUAAAACACCUGGUCUCUCUUGUUUCUUGGAUUGA